AUGAAUCGCCAGGCCAGCCACAGCCAACAAUCUUGCAGAUCUUCCAGCGGGGGCCGCCGCCAGGGCUUCAGUGCCCACUCAGCUGUGGUGUUGGGCCAGAGCCGGGUCAGCUCCACCAGGUCCUCCUCGACAUCCCACUCAGGCAGGGGCGGUGGUGGGUCUGCUGCCUGUGCCAUGAUGGGAGGAGGUUUUGGCAGCAGGAGUCUCUACGACCUUGGGGGCAACAAGAAGGUCUCCAUCAGCUUGGCCAGAGGCAGCUCCCGGGCUGGAGAGUUUGGGGGGGCCCACAGAGGCAGUGGUUUUGGAGGUGGUGGAAGAGGGAUGGGUGGGGGCUUUGGUGGAAGGGCUGGGGGUUUUGGUGGAGGAGCUGGUGGCUUUGGAAGAGGAGCUGGGAGUUUUGGUGGAAGAGCUGGUGGCUUUGGUGGCCCUGGGGGCUUUGGUGGGCCUGGUGGUCCAGGUGGCUUCUCUGGGAGAAUCCAGGAAGUGACUGUCAACCAGAGCCUUCUGCAGCCCCUCAGUGUGGAGGUGGAUCCUGAAAUUCAGAGAGUCAAGACCCAGGAGCGGGAGCAGAUUAUGGUCCUCAACAACAAGUUUGCCUCCUUCAUUGACAAGGUGCGAUUCCUGGAGCAGCAGAAUCAGGUGCUACAAACAAAGUGGGAGCUGCUACAGCAAGUAAACACCUCUACUCGGACGAAUGACCUGGAGCCCAUCUUGGAGAACUACAUCAGUGAGCUGCGGAGGCAGGUGGAUUUUCUCAGUGCUGAGCAGAUGCGCCAGAACACAGAAGUUAGGAACAUGCAGGAUGUCCUGGAGGACUACAAGAACAAAUACGAGGAAGAGAUCAACGGGAGGACCAACACUGAAAAUGACUUUGUCGUCCUGAAGAAGGAUGUGGCUGCUGCUUACAUGAGCAAGGUAGACCUGGAGUCCAAGGUGAAUGUUCUGUUUGGAGAGAUCAGUUUCCUGAAGUAUUUAUUUGAGAUGGAGCUGUCGCAGAUGCAAACCCACAUCAGCAACACCAAUGUCAUCUUGUCUAUGGACAAUAACCGCUUCCUGGACCUGGACAGCAUCAUCGAUGCGGUGAGGACCCAGUAUGAGCUGAUCGCACAGAAGAGCAAGGAUGAGGCCAAGGCGCUGUACCAGACCAAGUACCAAGAGCUCCAGAUCUCAGCGGGAAGACACGGAGACGAGCUGAAGAACAGCAAGAUGGAGAUCGCUGAGCUCCACCGCACCAUCCAGAGGCUGCAGGCAGAGAUCAGCAACAUCAAGAAGCAGAUUGAGCAGAUGCAUAUGGCCAUUUCGGAUGCAGAGGAGAGAGGAGAGCAGACCCUUCAGGAUGCGCGGCAGAAGCUGCAGGACAUGGAGGAGGCCCUGCAGCAGUCCAAGGAGGAGCUUGCCCGACUGCUGCGAGACUACCAGGCGCUGCUGGGGGCCAAGCUGUCCCUGGACGUGGAGAUUGCCACCUACUGCAAGCUGCUGGAGGGCGAGGAGAGCAGGAUGUCAGGGGAGCUGCAGAGCCACGUGAGCAUCUCUGUGCAGAGCAGUCAGACGACCAGCAGCGGCGGCGGCUACGGAGGGGGCUCCCGAGGGGCCAGGGGAGGUGGUUACGCGGGCGGCGGCGGCGGGGGCGGGGGCUACGGAGGGAGCAGCCGGAGCAGCAGCAAGUACGGGGGCAGAGGCGGCGGCGGCUCGUCCCGCGUGCAGAUCAUCCAGACCUCCACCAACACUUCCCACAAGCGAGUCGUGGAGUAG